ACGAAAAUCGAACAUCCCGCGUUUUCUUACACAAAUCAAUUUUAUGCUUCUCAUUUAAUUAUCUGGAUUCUUUUCUGUCUGUGAAGUGUUUAGCAUAUUAUAUAGACAGACAGAAGCACACGUACUUAAAUAUGGAAACAAUUUUGAGCAAAAUCAUUGAUACCGAGAAGUUAUCUAACUAUGUGAAAUCUUCUUUGGGAGAUCUUGACAAAUUAAGGAAAGUUAGCAACGCGUUGAGGAACAACCCAAGUCUUUGUUCAGUUCUAGAAGAUGAACUCAUCGAUCGCCUAGACGAAUUCUAUACGAAAUCCACUCAGAAAGACCAUGGUCAGUGCCAGGAGUACUUGCACUGGGUGUGCUGCAUCAUAGAUCGCCUCUCUGUGAAAAAAUGGUCGAACCGAAAUGAAACUCUUUGGGCUGCUGUUUGCGAUGUCGAUAUGGGCUGCGGACCAAGCUUAUUGAAACUAGCCCUUCAGUCAAAUGUUGUGACUCAAAGUGAUCUAUUAAAUCGUAUUAACGAAUUACCUUCUACGGCGCUAAUCCAUGGUAUGCAGGCUGUGCAGGAUAAGGAUAUGCUACUUAGUGCAGCCACAAAAAUUCUGGAUGAUACCACAUUGAUAAAGCUGCUCAUAGCAUUACAGUGCGUAAAGGCGUCAUACGUGGAUUGGGCCCUGUCCUGUAACGACGUCGCCAAACGAUUGAGCGUUGCGCUAAAGGCGCUCCAUGUAAGUGACGACGCUAAUCUCAAACGCUCCUCCCUAACAUUGUUAAGGCAAAUUCUUAGCAAGUGUGGGGUAGAGUGUGGGGAGCUAAUCGUGAAUAUGCUGUCGGUUGCUGAGCAAAAACAAGUGCAUCUCAUCGAACCGGUUCUGAUGCAAUUUGUUGAAACAACGCGCGAUUCGUCUACCUCGGACGUCUUUUGGACCUUAUGCGUGUUUCAGCGACUCUUUUAUCACCAAACUUCAUGGGUUCGCAUGACAAGUCUUCGAUAUUUUCUCGGUCUUCAUAAUUUCCAUCGGCGCGUGUUCACAAAUCACGGAGAACACUUCUAUGCGGAAUCAUUUCUGGAUGCUAUUGAUCAACUCUCACUUUACGCCAGGACGGAAACGUGUCCGCUAGCAGGGCCAUCAUUGGUUGGGUCAAGCCUUCGAGACUGGCUUCAAGGUCUUGAGGAAAAUAUUCAUAAGAAACAAUUUUCUUCGUUCGUUGCGUGUUUGUUACACAACGUGUGUGCCCGUAGUUCAUGGAAUUCAGUGUCACUUCUGUAUAUAUCCGAGGCUAUUGUGUCGCUUGGUAGCGUCACCUUACUAGAGAGCCUUCAGCCAAUUCAGACAGCGUUGAACAUUUGGUCAUUCCAAGAGCCACUUGUUAGAGGGUAUAUAAUACGACUCUGGUUGCACAUUGCAUGUAAAUUCUCUUCUGAAGAUGUUAAGGUUAAACAACUGUGUCAACUUGCAUCCCAGUUUCUCGAAGACGCUGGUUGUAUUCGAGAACAUCUCAUUCCUUUGGAAGUUGAACCUUUUAGUCCCAUCGGCCUGUGCAUCCUUGCUUGGAAGCAGUCCGAUUGUGCAGAAGAAAUUCUCAAUCUAAACGCUGAUAAUCCUCAAUUGUGGCUACAACUUUCAAAGGUCCGAACUGUACCAUCGGUUUGGAAAGCUUUGAAGAAAGCGAUUGAAAUUGAUAAAGUACAGAUAGCUGGAAUAGCGUUACUCAAAUCAUCAGCAACACGUGAAAACGAAAAAAACGCUAUUGUUGAGGUUCUUGGCAAGACUAGGCUAAAACGUGACGUCCUCAAUGAUGCUAUCAACGCUCACCUUGAUUGGAGGCUGUUUUACCUUUGGUCGAAAAUGGGUUCGGAGGAUUCUCCCAUUUGUGCGAAAUGCUUUUCUGAAGUGGCCCAGAUUUCCGACUGGGCCGAUAUGUUUGCCAAACCGAGCAUCACUUAUAUGAUCCGCACACUUUCCAAUAUCUCCGUUUUGCAGAGCUCACAAAAACAUGCUGCUGAGACCCUCGAGCUGGCUUGUCAACUGUUACCUUUAACGCCCCAACCGAUGGUAUCUGAUCUAUUGCGGCUCAUUAAAGCAUAUUUGGGUGCUGCCGAUUCCCGAGAGACUCUAAGCCGAAUUUUGAAUAUGUCUUGGGUGUCUUGUUUAGAAACACGAAAAGCCACGUCGAUGUUUUCUGAGUGUGUCAAUGUCUUCAUGAAGAUCCUUUUUGAUCGGUCUGUAUUUUUGUUUGCAUUUGAUGACCUUUUGGAGAUCUGCGUCAUGGUUCGGGAAUAUGUGGACAGCGUCCCCUGGUUUGGUGAAAUGUUUUAUUUAACAAUGAUUGGGUUUCUCAGAGAAAACAAACAAUGCAUUGGCAUUAUGUGUGAUCAAGUAGCUUUGGGUCUAUGUUAUGGGCCAAUAUUUCGAAAGGAUCAAAAGGUGAUUCUGGACACGGAGCGAUACGUUCUGAACAAACUGACUAGUACAUAUAUGCCCGAUUCUACUAAUCUGAAAACAUUAACUGAAUGCGAAGCGGCGAUUAAUGUCCGUGCCAAAUGUGUCAGUUUUAUCCGUACAAUCGAGCCAGAUGAUGCAUGGAAACUGAUUAAAGCGCUCCAAUCGCAUGAUAAUGCAGUGUCAUCCACAAGAAAAAGGUACUUCAAUAAUUCCACCAUCCACCGUGUGAAGACCCGUGCGUGGCAGGCUAUUCUCGUGCUGCUUGAUACAGCUAAAAGUGGACCGAUGUUGGACGCGUUUCUAAUAUAUGUUCUUGAACAGCUCAAAAAUGGAUUGCAUCAAAUGACUGUACGAAUCCUCAUGGAGUGGUGCACGGUCAAGGUUAUCCUCAGAGGGCAAUUCGAUGUCAUUGAUUUAAUGUCAUCAGCAACCGACAAGGCAUCCGCUGAACGCAUGGGGUCCAUUUGCUCCUACCUUAAUAUCUUGAUGCAUGUCUGUUGCGCUAUCCCCGAUUGUCAACUUAUUACACGCAGCGCUCCACUCGUAAUGCCUUGGAUGAUGGCGCAACAUUUUGCAGUUCGUUUGCACGCACAAUUCGUAUUUCGUCGUAUUGUCAGCCUAUGCCGCUGUGAAUCCCAGAAAUGUCAUGCCGUGUACCGACCUCAGCUCGAGGCUCUUCAGAGGGUCGUCAACUAUGGGGGAGGCGCAAAAAAUGCUACGAAACUGGAUAGCGAUUUUUACAUGUCAGAAUGCGUUUUACCCGAAUGCGAAACCUACGAUCUUGUGUUUGACAAAAUCCCAAAGUCAUACGGUUUGGCAGAUGUCGACUGUGUCCCAUCAGCGCUAUUUGAGGGCGACUCAAGUUGGGCAAGAGAUAGCGGACGCGAGGUUAAUACUGAACUGAAGAUUGAGCUGGUCGACGAAAAUUGCUCGAGACCUGAUGUAACAACGGCUAUACACGAAGCUAACUAUCAACGCAAGAUAGUACCUGUGAGCGUCUUACUCGAGGAGGAUGGUCGUCUAAGUAAUUCUGCGUAUCAAAACAGCUACAGGAACGAAUCUGAGCAAGAACAGCUUAUCGUGGUAGCGUCGAUGAUCGAUCGACUUCCGAAUCUCGGUGGCAUUUGCCGAACCGCAGAGAUCUUUGCUGUGUCAGAGUUGGCUAUUGCCAAUAUCAAGACACUUGACAUGAAGGAAUUCCACAACCUCUCAGUAUCCUCCCAUCAUUGGCUGCCGAUCCGUGGGGUGCCGCCUUCAGCCAUUGAGGACUACCUUCGUGAGAAAAAAGUCGAAGGCUUUACUCUUAUAGGCGUUGAACAAACUGCGCGCAGUGUGCUAUUAAAUCAUUUCGUUUUUCCUAAGAAGUCACUUCUAUUGCUUGGGAACGAAAAGGAAGGCCUUCCGUCGCACCUUAUUCAUGAAAUGGACCACUGUGUAGAAAUCCCACAGCAGGGAGUGGUUCGUUCGCUCAAUGUGCAUGUUUCUGCAGCUUUGCUUGUAUGGGAAUAUCGUAAACAGCACAUGCCGUCCUGCGCAACUAAUUAGAGAGAUGUUGCCGUAAAGGAUGUUUUGUUGGUGGAGCUUGGUUGCUAGGAGUUUCUUUUUCGAACGGAGAAAACACGUUGACCUACUUGUUGGUAAAAAUCUAAUGAAGAUUAAGCACGGUCUUUUAUUAAUAGGUUUUCUUCAAUAGCACAAUUUUAAUUCAUAUCUUGUGUACCUGUCAAUAUACAUAGCGAACUGUCACAGCAUUGUUAGCAGAUUUAAUCUAAUCCUUGGUUUGACAGCCCGUUGUACCUAAAUCACAAUAUUAUAGACUAACGGAUGAUAUAGGUUUUAUUGGUAUCCUGAUUUUGUUGGAAUCUGUGUUGGGUGUUGAUGUUAGUUUCUAUUUGAAUUCACUUAAUAACAACUGCUAGUGGGAAAAGCUGUUCAUUUAUUAUCGUCAUAUUGUAGAAAAGAUAGAGGGCAACUGAGUGCUUGGUCAAUCAAGCGAUCUAUGAAACGUCGGCUGAUGGAAUGCUUAACGGCGGCAUCGGAAAACUCGAGAUAUUUUUGUCUAUGAAACAUGUAUAUAGCGAGAUGGCCUGAUAGCCACAAUUUCGUGUGUUACCAAAUGAAUAGUCGUGCAGGUGUUGGAACUUCUUUCUAGAAGUGUAUGCAUGUAACGCUGACACAGUACUGCAAAUCGGCAAGUUUCCUAGCAAGAAAGUUACUCAAGGAUUGAAGAAACUAAUAAAACAAAAUUCAAAGAUACAACCAAAUGAACAUAUGUGCAUACUGAGAAAAGUUUUAUACCAUAUAUUAACAUACCUUUCAAGCUUGGUUAUAUUUCGGAUACAUUAUACUUCAAUGAUCAAAUAAACGUGUUAAGAUAACCAACGGGUCUUUCUCGACUAUUUUACCAUGUCAUAUAGUUUAAAUGAGACAGGUUCGUUCGACAAAACUACGUACUUAAGAGAAAACUUGGAAGUGACAGAAAAAUUAAACAAAUGCGGCUGUUCUUUACAAUCCAUGAGUGCUCAAAUUCCUAUUGUAUAAUACUAUUAGGCGCAAAAUUAUUUCAGCCAAAAGAAUUUGCCAUACAUCUUAUUUGCUGACUGAAAUAUUGAUUCGGCUUAGGAUCAAGUUAUUCGAUAGUGCUAGCUGUUUCAUCAAUACGCAAAUCUGCGGCAAAAAAGAACAUUUAUCAUUUUGCGUCUUUAUAUCUGAUUCAACCAAUGUUCGACAUAAUAUAGCACAAAAUACCUGUUGUACAAAAUUUUCUCUCAUACGUUUUACAAAUACCGAGAAUAACUAUUCUCAUUUGCAACUACUUUUCUAUGCUAUGCCUAUACACCGGAGCAAAAUACCAAUACCAACUAAUACCCCAGGUACAUUUUCAAGUUUUGUUUAUUUAGCGCUAAUAACUGCGGGAUUGCUUUAUUCACUAUACCUUACAAAUAAAUAAUCUUGUGUGAAAUGUAAA